UCUCCUUUGGUAGGUUAUCCGUGGCACUAUCCACUCGCCAUAGACUCCCGUGUUUUCUCCUCCCCACGUUCCAGCAGCGUUUCGCAGCCUGCUCCUCUGUAUUGUGCCUUUUCUUUGCUGAGAACGACAACGGCUGCCCCAAACCAAGAAUCAUGGUCCAAGCUAAGAAGUGGAUCCUGAUCAAGCACUUUGAUGGCUUCCCGAAGAACAGUGACUUUGAGCUCAAGGUGGAGGAGCUCCCUGAGCCCAAAGAUGGGGAGGUGCUUUUGGAAGCAGUGUUUCUCAGUGUUGACCCAUACAUGAGGCCGUUCAGCAGGGUUCGCAUGAACGAAGGCGAUGUGAUGAUCGGAAGUCAAGUGGCCAAAGUGAUUCAGAGUAAUAACCCUGCAUUUCCCGUGGGAAACCAUGUUGUUGGUCGUUGUGGCUGGAGAACUCACACAGUCUGCGAUGGGACAGACCUGAUUCCCAUCAUGGCCGACUGGCCACAAGACGUGUCCUUGUCCCUGGCUCUGGGUGCCCUCGGCAUGCCAGGACUGACGGCUCUGUACGGGAUAGAAGAAGUCCUGGGACUCCAGAAGGGUGAGACCCUGCUGGUGAAUGCUGCAGCGGGGGCCGUUGGCUCCGUAGUGGGCCAGAUCGCCAAGAUCAAGGGCUGUAAGGUGGUGGGUUCAGCAGGGUCUGAUGCCAAGGUGGCUUUCCUCAAAGAACUGGGCUUCGAUGAGGCCUUCAACUACAAGACUGUUGGGUCCCUGGAGGAGGCACUGAAGAAGGCUUCUCCAGAGGGAUACGACUGCUUCUUUGAAAACGUAGGAGGCCCUUCUUCAAGUGUUGCCCUGCAACAGAUGAAGAACUUUGGAAGAAUAGCCGUGUGUGGAGCUAUUUCCACCUACAAUGACACCGCGCCGCAAACAGGCCCAUUCCCUCACCUGACCAUGAUCUUCAAGCAGCUUAAGAUGGAGGGCUUCAUGCAGUCCAGGUGGGAGCACAAGCAUCCCGAGUCCCUCAAGAGGCUAAUGAGAUGGUUGCAAGAGGGCAAUCUGCAGUGUCGAGAGCACAUCACAAAAGGCUUUGAAAACAUUCCAGCUGCUUUCAUGGGGAUACUGCAGGGAGAAAACAUCGGCAAGGCUGUCGUUGCAGUCUGAUGUGGACUGCCGGAUCAAUAGACAAGCAUCAAUAUUAUUAAUUACAAAUUAUUACAGAUUUCAUACAUGAAGGACUGAGCAAUAUACACUUACAACUAACAAGCCAUUUUCAUGUUAACUUGUUCUUGUAGCUGUAGGUGAAAAGAUCUUAUUCUUAAGGAGGUGGUAUUAUGCUUUUUGGCUUUACCCCUCUCCUUUAUUGAGUUAUAGCUUUUUUUUUUUUUUUGUGAAUGUAAUAGGUUUGCAAAGUGAAAAAGCCCAAAGUCCAGCCCAAAGGGAGUUCCCAUCUCCCACAGAAAACUGAACUGCUUGACAACGGCUCGUAGUCCAGCUGUUUCCUUAUCAUCCCUGUGUCGUCUCAGGGAUGAAAGCUACAUGCCCCUCAUAUAUGUUCGCUAAGUGGCUAGUCCGACAUGCCCUCAAAAACACCAGUGGAAAAACACUGAGAUGUGUUUUUGAAAAUUAAACCAUGUAAACCUGUUCUGAUACAACCCCUAAAUAAGAUUAUGGACCUGAAAAUGAGCAUAAUACCACCUCCUUUUAAUUUUUAGGAUUAGUUCAGGAUUCAUUGUUAGGAGUUGAGUCUGAAACUGUUCAUUCUUUAGAAGUGAGAUGGUUUUAUGAAACUGCACCACUCUGCUAGGUUUGGUAGAUUUUCAAAUGCAUUUAAAGGAUAAAGACAAAAUAAAAGAAUGGGACUUUUUACUUAAAAUGAAAUCAGUAUUGGAGACAAAUCUGAACAUUUCUCCCUCACAUGCAGCUACAUGUUUACAUUGUCAAACUAGUAGCACUCACUAACUAUCUUUAACUAACCAGUGUUUUGACCAUCAUCCAGACAAUUGUCCCCUGAAUGCACAGUACAUCAUUAGGGAGAGACCAGACUGCUGUGGGACAUCAGCAGGGCUGCAUGGGAAGGCUUUAUAUAUUUACUGAGAAAGGAGAAGAGAAAUGAUAACAGUGCAAGACGACACAUGACUGUUGGUCUGCUGUGCCAGCAUGUACCUGGAUGAGCUGUGCAGAUCUGCUGCGGACACGUUAAUACAUUGUUCAUAUAUUAUUCAUCAUAAGACAACUAACCAUGUGAUUUUGUAUUUAGUGAAAGUUUUUGUAAAGGUAAUAAAAUGUUUUGGCUUUUUGAAAA